AUGUUCAGGAAGAUCAACAAUGUGUUCCGUCCCAACCACCACGCACACAGAGGACGGGAUGGCCGUGGGGGUGGUGGGGGUGGUGGGGGGGUCCGGUCCGAGGAGGAUUACCAUAACGCCUGCACCGUCCGGCUUGUGCGCAGCACCUCCAUGCUCGUGGUUGGAGAGAAAACUCAAACAGCCGUGGGCUCGACUUUAAAAAGGAGCAAAAGCACAGUGAGCAUCGAGUCGACCUUGUACUAUUAUCAGAGACAAGAGGACAGGAUAUGGCUCUACUCUCAGAAUCAGAACUGCCUGGAGUACCUGGAGGCACUUGUGGCUUUGAGAAGGCAAUAUACAAAAAGCGUGAGUGACUUGAAAAGUAGCGACACAAAGGCCACAGUUUCUUCGAAGAAAAACCCUGCACCUCCACCGCCGAGAAAGGAAGAGCCGAUCUCCAGAGCCAAACCCUCUGCCCCUCCGAUCCCUACCGAGGAGGACACUUUGGAGUUCUUUGAUGCAGUCAUUGCCAGCUGUGACAGCGAACCCACACCCAAACCUUACGUGGAUGAUGGACAUGCAGACGUGGACUUUAUAGUGGCUUCCAGCUCCGCUGAACAUGAUCUCCACUCUAACUGGGUCUUGCGAGUUCCUCGGGUGGCAGAUGACUCCAAGCAGAAAGCGGCUCACACCUGUGCCAAUGAAAGCAGCCCCAAGAAGAAAAACCUGAGCGGGUCCAUGAGCAGCCGACUGCGGCUGCAGAGGAACCCAAUCCAUCUGCCUAAAGUGGUGGGGAGUGCCUUCCAGACUCUGCGCCUCAAGCCCAAAUUAAAAAAGCAAUGACACUUGAAAGACAUUUGAAACCCCCACCCCAGCCACAACGCUGAAACAGCACUCAAUUUAGAUUUCUUUGGACAGAUCAUCCACUAGACAGCUCAAUACUCACAUAAAAUUUUACCUUCAAUAAAAAAUGAAUAAAAAGAAACUGG